GCUUGUCUGAUCUGCAGCACUGACCAGCAAUGCCAUCUGCCAUGGAGGGCCCUGAGGGGGCAGAAGAGGCGGAAAUCCUGCGCUAUGAGGAGACAGAAGACGACAGCGUCAGUCCCACUGACCUUUCAGAGCUGUUGAAGGAGGGGACCAAGGAGUCCCACGACCGUGCUGAGAACACUCAGUUUGUCAAAGACUUCCUGAAGGGACGGAUCAAGAAGGAGCUCUUCAAGCUGGCCACUGUGGCACUUUACUUCACCUACUCUGCUCUGGAGGAGGAGAUGGAUCGCAACAAGGACAGCCCAGUCUUUGCUCCGCUCUACUUCCCCCUGGAGCUUCACCGCAGGGCAGCCCUGGGCAAAGACCUGGAAUAUUUCUAUGGAGAAGACUGGGAGGAGAAGGUUCAGUGCUCAGAGGCAACUCAGCACUAUGUGGACAGAAUCCAUCAUGUGGGACAACAUGAGCCAGAGCUGCUAGUGGCUCAUGCUUACACACGCUACAUGGGGGACCUCUCUGGUGGCCAGGUGCUGAAGAAGGUAGCCCAGAGGGCCCUGAAGUUGCCCAGUACUGAGGAAGGGAUCCAGUUCUACAAGUUUGACAACAUUUCCAACGCACAGCAGUUCAAGCAGCUCUACAGAGCCAGGAUGAAUGCCCUAGACCUGGACAAGAACACCAAGGAAAGGAUUGUGGAAGAGGCCAACCGAGCCUUCAGCUUUAACAUGCAGGUGUUUGAGGAGCUGGACAAGAUCGGCAGGUCGCUGCCAGAAGCAGCCCAGGACGGAGGCUUUCCAGGGCACGAUGGGAAGGGAGACCUGCGCAAGUGCCCCUACUAUGCAGACAAGCUGGGCAAGGCUGGACCCAGCUGCCCCUACCAUGCUGCUGCAGCCCUAGCGAAGCAGCCCCUGGUGCAGCUGAUCCUGGCAGCCUGCGUGGCUGCAGCGGCAGGAGCCGCAGCCUGGUACCUCAUGUGACGGGCACAGCGGCGCCCGGCGCUGCCCAGGGGAGAGGCACGCGCCCAGGGGCCUCCCAGCUGUGCUCUUGGUGGUGGUGAGUUGGCUGUGGGGGGAGCAAGAAAAUAGGCAGGACUCUGGGAGGGCAUCAAAGGCUCUGUGCACCGACAGCUCGAGCACGGACUGGUGUGCUGUGAGGAUGCCACUUCAGCACUGCCCUGCCCAGCCUGGGGCAGCUUGCAAGGCUGGAGAUGUCCUGUCCCGUGCUGCCACGGGCUUCACAUGCUUGGCUUCUCAUCUCCUCCCCGGAGCAGCCGCUGGGGGGAGUUUCCUGCCCAGGCCUAGCAGUGGGAAGGUGGGAUUAGCCUUUUCAGGGGAGACUGUUCCCUGCCCUGAGGCGCCAGCCAUGCUGCACAGCUGUGCUGUGGGGCCGUUAGCCCAAAGCAGUGUCCUGCUCGGUGUGGGGUCCCAGCAACCAGGCCUGAGGCUAGAGGAAGCUCCCCAGGCGUGGGGACAGGACCACACGUGUGGGUUGGGGCACGAAGGUGACCAAUGUGCAUUGUGCAACUUGGGGGUUGGGGGC